AUGAUAUAAGUUCUUGAUCAGAAUGAUAGAGAGAUCUAUAAAUAUAGAUUGUUAUAAGGAGAAAAUAGGUUUGGUAGUGAUCCAAAACAAUGUAAAUACCUAAUUAGAAAUGUACAAGGUGUUCUUUUCUCUGUCGUAAUAUCUACAUUCUAGAAAUUUAGGCUUUACUUAAUAAUGAUGUGUAUUUCACUCAUUUCAGUAAUUCAGAUUAAGUUUAUAAAGAAGCAACCUUAAAAUCAGAUUAAAAAGUAGAAAUUCCCAAAAAUUUCAUAAUAGAGAUGGUCCCACUUAGAAAUUACUAUUUUUAAAACUUUAAGUUCAAAUUACUUAACUCUAUUGAAACAAUAUAGUAAAAUAAUUAAUGCACAUUACAAACUACAUAAAUCUUAGAAGAUUUUAGUGGUACAAUGGCAUUAGAUGAUAUCUUGGAUAUUCCAUAAUAAUUUAUACCUAAAGUUUCAAUCACUUAAUAAAUGUCAACAACUUAAGUAUUAAGUUCAUAAGAUCCAAUCGUAACAUCUACAUUAAUUCUAGAUGAAAUAGAUCAAUCAACAUUAUCAAGUUUAAAUGAAUUAAUUUCAUAAUAUUCAGGAAUAAAUUCUAUGGUAAAAUCUAUUCACUCUACUACUAAUGAUGCAUAAACUUAAACAGAAAUCAUAGAAGUAGAACCAUAAUUAUAGAAAACUAGAACAUUAUUUAGUGAUCUUUUUAAAUCUAAAAGAUAAACUUCAUAAAUUUCAUAGUAGAUUGAUUAACAUCAUUAAUAGCCUUCACUUAUUGAAUAAACAAUUAUUGAUUCCCAAAUGUAAAAUAUUGAUCAAAAUUAAUAAAAUAACUAAUAAUUUCUAAACAAAAAAGCUGAUUUUAAAGGUACAAUGAUUGAUGAUGAUUUAAAUAAAGCAUUUUCUUCAUAAUAAAUUAAAAGUGUUGAUAAAUUAGAAUAAUCUUAAAUUAAACGUUUUAAUAGCAUUUAAUCAGACAAUGUAUAAAUUACAUAAUCAAAAUAAGAUAAUAAUAAUUCUAAAAUUGAAUUAAAUGAUUUAUUUGGUAGUUUACCUGAAUUACCAAAUUAAUAAAUAUAAUAAUAAUAAACAAUUAAAAAGUUUCCCUAACCUAAAUCAAAUAUUUUAAAUACUAGAUAUGAUGAUUCUUAAGAGGAUAAAAAUAAAUCUUAAGAUUAAUAAGAAUAAACACCUAUUAAAGUUUAAAAUUAAAAUUAAAAAUAAACAUCAUCUAUUUGGAAAUAAGGAAAAAAAUAAAGCAAAGAUGAUUUGAAGAAAGUAGCAUUACUCAAAAAAAUAACAGAUGAAAUUUCAGAUGAAACUUCUGAAGAAUCUAAUUAAUCAAAAUAAAAAUUAAGACAUACUAAUUCUAUUGAAUUACCUGCAACAAAAAUAUUUUAACAAAAUGACUUAAAAAUUAAUAAAAAAUUAGGAAAUAAAAAAACAUUAUAAAAGAAAGUUAAAAGUGUUCAUUUAAUAGCCUUUAGUGGAUUUUAAGCAAAUGAAAUACCAUAAGCAAAUGAUUUAAAAAAAUUAGGUUUAGAAAUAGUGAAUAAUCAAUUAGAAAAAUUUGAUUUACUAAUUUUGAAUAAUCCUCCUAAAAGAACAUUUAAAUUUCUAAGUGCUUUGAUGUUAGGGGCUGAAGUAGUAACAAUGGAUUGGUUAACUAAUUCAAUUAAAUAAGGAAAGGCUAUCUAAAAAUAUCAUGAUUACAUACCUUAUAGUGAUGAAUUUAUAAAUUCUUUUGGAUUAAGCAUAGAGUAAAUAUUAUAAAGUAGGGAUACUUAUUUUGAAUCUAACAAGAAUUUAGUUAAGAUAUUUGAUGGAAAAUAUCAUGUUAAAGUUGAUGUAACACCAUCAAAAGCUGAAAUUGAGUAUCUAAUAAAAUUAGGAGGUGGAGAAAUACAAUAGAAAUCUGGUAGAAAUGUGAUAACCAUAAGUGAUACUAAAGUAGGAAAUUCAAUGCCUUCAGAUUUUAUAUUAGAUGGAUGUAUGUUUCAAUCAUGA